AUGAUCCACCCCAAGAUCCAGCUCCGCUCCUUUUCCAGCUCUAGUCUGAGACCUAGAUCGGCGUCGUCAAGGCCGAGGGUUAUUGGCGUGUAUGGAUACAUAGUUGCUGGAUUUACACUCCCAUUCGCGGUACCGGCAGCGAGAAGGCGGUCGAGCAUCCAAGGGGAUAUCAGCGGUAUGGACCGGAAGGAGGAAUUGAGUCUGUAUCAUUGCUGCCGGUAA